GUAGAUCAGGCGUUAACAUAAUAUAAUUCAGUCUUAUGGGGAAUAACACCCAUCUGCACAUUUAAUUGAUCAUGUUACAGAACACAGGCGAGGGGAAUUGCUCAUUAACCAAAAAAAAAAUCUCUCAGUUGUCGUGCUGGGUACUGGCAAAAAAUUUGCACAAUAUCUGUAGCCUAAUUUGUGAUAUACUUUUUGUAUCUUAAUUAAUUAUAUUCAAUUACCACCACCAUUAAGAAUAAAUUCAAAUCUAACCCAACAGAAUCGGCCAUGGACUCCGGGGAGCAAGACCUUGAAUUGACCAAGGACUUGGUAGCCGAGACUUACUUGGACUUCCAAGAAGAUCCACAGCUUGACUUUGACUCUAUUUUCUACGAGAGCGACUUGCGACAGUUGGUUAGAGACCGAGAUGACCUCCGUCUGAGAUGCGAACGGGAAAAGAGAGACAGGGAAUCUCUGGAGAUUAAACUCCAUCACGAAUUUGACCAAAAGAUCCAUUUUGAGGAGAAGCUCUCCGAGCUUUCAAGGAACCUCUCGAGUUACGAGGAAGAGCUACAGACACUCCGGCUCGAGAACAGCCACCUUAAAUCACAGUUCGGACACCUCAGGACAGCCAUACAGACAAGGGUCAGUUCGGGCGCAGCAACGAUGACAGCGGGCGGGUUGGUAGGAGCCUCGCUAGGUAGCAGUGGCGGAGUCUUCAUUACCAGCUCUACAAGCGACAGUUCAGUUGCGGUGAACACUGAGAUGUACAAGCAGGAGGUGGCCCUCUUGGCACAGGAGAACGAGCUUUUUAAACAGAUCAUCGAUUUGAUAGACAAACAGGAAAAUAGCAAAGUCAUAUUGGAGGAAAGAGUGUCUGGAAAUAGCAGCGAAAAACAAAGGUGGCUCGAAGAAGACGUUGUAAGGCUAGAAAGGGAAAAGGCAAAACUCGAAGAUCGUGUGAGGGAAUUAGAAAGAUGUACCCGUGAACAGGAACGACUUCUCGAGGAAGUGAACAAAAAAGCCGAAGAUAAUCUCAGAGAGUACAAGAGAGAGAGUAAGGUUUUAGAAAAUGAGCUGUAUUCCAAAUCUACAGUCGUAGAAAACUACGAACUUCAAAUGUCGCAAAUAAAACAGGCCUACGAGGAAGAAAUUCACCAAGUGGAGAUCAAACUUGAGAUGGAAAUUGCCAGCAACAAACAACUUCAAGAACAAACCCGUCAGCUAGACGAAAACAAUCGUAGGCUAGAGGAAGAAAGGAAAGAAAUACUUCUCAAGAUAGAGGAAGCCUACAAGACGGAAAAUGAAGUUAUUGACGAAAGGACAGCGCUAGAAGAGAGCUACUCACGAGAUGUCAGCGAGCUGCAACGAAAUUUGGAAGAGCAAAUCCAGAGUAAAGCGGAAUUAUCGAUGGAAAUUGAGCGACUGAUGGGCGAAUUGAUAGAAUCUCGCAAACAGAAAAAGGACAUGGAGGCCAGGUUCUUUCAUGAAGCUCAAGAACUGAAGAUCCAAUUUGAGAAAGAAAGAGAACAAAUUGUUUCCUUUCUCAGUGGCCCUGCUGUGAAUCAGGUGAUGAUGCAGUCGAACGGGGCGCAACAAACGCACUCAGGUGCUCAGCUUGUUUCCAGUGAGCCUCGAACGCUGUCAACGGAUGAAGAGUGGAAACGAAAACUGGGCGACGAGGUUCGAAAGAAGGAGAGACUAGAGGAGGAAAACAAGAAACUUUUGUACCAGAUAAACGACUUGCUGGAGCAUAAUAUCGGCGGUGGAGCCUCUAAUACCACACAUAUCAAGCACAGUUAUGAUCGUGACUUGGGUGAAACGUCACAUACAAGCAGUAGACAAAAUUCGAAUGAUCUCGUAGCCGAAAUAAAUGAGCUUAGGGAAAAUUGCCGAGUACUCGAGCGAGAUGUCAAGAAAAAGACGGAAUUGGAGCACAGAGUUACGGAGCUGUCCGAGGAGGUCGAAGAGCUCACUUCUAAGAAAGAUGAAAUGAUCCGUAAACAGAGAGAACUGGUCAAGGAACUGGACAAUUCACUGUCGAGCGUGCAGCAGGUCGAAGAUAAGAACAAACGACUUACCGAGGAUGUUGACAACUUCUCCAGGAAGAUCCGACAAAUGGAAGAGAACUUCAGAAAUGAAAAAGAGGACUGGGUGAGGAAUUACAGCAAAGACAAGACGUCGCAAAUCAACGACAUCGUAAACGAAAGGGAAAUGAUCGAGAAAAAGUACAACGAGCAGGUGAAAAUCAAUAGAAGCAUGGAGGCUGAGAUAAGUUCCUUCGAGACUAAGAUUUAUGACUUGGAAAGAGCAAACGAGCGUCUGGAGAGGAAAAAGAGUGAAAUAACUACUCAGCUAACGGAGGAAAUUAACUUUGAGAGAGGCAGGGCCAAGACUGUGAAAGAUGAACUUGACAAGAGUGUUGAGGUUUUUAAGAAGCAGACGGAGCAACUUGAAACCACUUUAUAUGAGAGGAAACGGAAAUACGAUGAGGAAAUCAGAAUUUUAGAAGAAGAGAAACAACGAAUUCGAAGCGAGUUUGAAAAUGAGAAGGAAACGUACAGACGGCGCUUUGAAGAGGAGCGAAAAACAAUGGAAAGGCGAAUAAAUGAAAUAGAGGAUAGACUUCGGCAACACAACGCGGGCAGUAAUGAACUUGUAACCAAUCAGGUUACUUUGGGUAACGGUGAAUUUAAUGGAAAUCAACCGGGGGUGAGUUCUGCCUCUCAUCAAACGAUAUCCGAUUUGAGGGGCACGAUAGAUGUUUUAAGAAGUGAAAAUAAGGAAUUGAAAGAGACGCUCCGUGACACAGAAAGAAAUCACAGCCGAAAAAUUGAUGAUCUGGAGUACGAGCACGGGCAAAAAAUAAAGAAGUUUAAAACUGAGAUUGAAGAGGAGUUCAGACGUAAAAUAGAUGAUUAUGACAAUCAAAUCGAGCAACUUAAGAAAAUGGGCUCUAGGGAAACCAAAGAUUCAGUUGAAAUGGUCACGUGCCUUAGAAAUACUUCAGAUGUAGCAACUUAUCAAGACGGAGGCGGAGGUAUGGCUGAUCUAGUUAGAGAUCACAAAGAACAGAUGGACGAGCUACGAAGGCAGAUCAAAACUCAAAUGGAAGCCUUUGAAAAUGAGAAACAAAACCUCAAAAGAGAGUUACAAGAAGAGAGGCGAAACUCUACCCGAGGCAGGGAAGGAGAGAGUAGAGUGCUCCAUAACACCAUCCAUAAAUUAAUAGAAGAACUAAAGAAGCUGAAGCGUGACAAGGAGACUCUUCUGAACAAAAUUAAAAAAGAAAGAGGGAACAGCAACAGCCGAAUCGCAGAGAUAAAAGAGACCGUGGCAAAGGUGACGGACGAGUGCAAUAUACUACGAAAAGAGAGAGAAGAUGGCCAAAACGCAACGAACGACCUAAGGAGGAAGCUUAAUGUGACCGAAAGCAAGAUUCGGAGCAUGGAGGAAAAACAUCGGAGAGAAGUACACCAGUUGGAAGUUAAAUUCGAAUAUAAGAAAACGGAGCUUGAGCAAGAUGCAACAAGCAUAGAGAGUCAACUUAGAGGAAGUCUGCAGAUGGAAUAUCGAGUUGCCCUGGACAAAGAAAGGGAGAAAUACGAAGAAACUCUACGUGUACUGAGGAAAGAGAUUACUUCCUUGCAAGAGCAGCGAAAGCAAAUUCAGCUUAAGCUUUCUAGUCAAGGAGUACAAAGCACUUACAGUCUUCUUAUAGACAAAAGUGUAUCUGCAAGGAAGGAAUCGCUCUUUAAAUCUGAGACGGAUCUAGAAAUGAGAUUUUUACGAGGGACAAAACAGAUGGAAGAUAGAAUCUAUGAUCUUGAGCAAGAAGUGGAGUUGUUGAAGAAAGAGAAAUCUGACAUCAAAGUCAGUUACAAGCAAGAGAAAGUUCAGAUGCAAGAAGACUUUGAUCGGGAAAGGGAUCGUCUAGAAGAAAAAUACAAAAGGCGAAUUGUUGAUCUAAAAAGGAGGCUACAGGCAACUACUGCUCAGUUGCAGUCAUCGAUGGUGAUCUCCAAGAAAUUGGUGAGUUUUGAACUUACUUAUCCUCUUAUUUUAAUGUGCUAAAGAUUGAGCUAACAGACGCUCUUUUCUUACUACUUUAAAAUAUCUUGAGUUGUCUUCAGGUCGGGACAAUUUGUCAUGGUGGCUGGACAAAGGUCUUACGAGACUGUCCU